CCACCGCCCCCCAGCGGCAGCUCCGCGGCGGAGGGGCGCCCCGGGAACUCACCCACGGAAGCAUGAAGAAGAUCCCGGCCCUGGGCCUGGGCACCUGGAAGGCGAGGCGCUGACCAGGCCUUCCUUGUCUGCUUUUAUUGUUCCUGUACACGUCUUCGUCAAUAAAAGAUGUUCAUUUGAGAAGUCACUUAAGAAGCUACUGGAUCAGUGGGAAUUGGAAUCCACCACCCCUGCUCAUCACAACAGCAUUUAAAUAAUCUCUUCUAUGGACUUAGCACCUGUUAAUGACCAAGGAGGCAACUCUGCUCAUUGCGGCGGCUCCAGGCGAGGUGACGGAGGCAGUGAAAGUGGCCAUCGAUGCAGGGUACCGGCACUUCGACUGCGCUUACCUGUACCACAACGAGAGUGAGGUGGGAGCCGGGAUCCAGUGCAAGAUCAAGGAGGGUGCGGUGACACGGGAGGACCUGUUUGUCGUCAGUAAGCUCUGGUGCACCAGACACAAGAAGUCCCUGGUGAAUGCGGCGUGCACCCAGAGUCUCAAGGCCCUGAAGCUGGAUUACCUGGAUCUCUACCUCAUGCACUGGCCCAUGGGCUUCAAGCCCGGGGAAGAGGACCUGCCCCUGGACCGCAACGGCAUGGUGCUGCCCAGCGACACGGACUUCCUGGACACGUGGGAGGCCAUGGAGGACCUGGUGGUCGCGGGGCUGGUGAGAGCCAUCGGGGUGUCAAACUUCAACCACCAGCAGCUCGAGAGACUUUUGAAUAAACGCAACCUGAGGUUCAAGCCGGUGACGAACCAGAUCGAGUGCCACCCGUAUCUUACCCAGAAGAGUCUGAUCGGGUUUUGCCAAUCCAGGAAUGUGACUGUGACGGCUUACCGGCCCCUCGGCGGCUCCAGUGAGGGGGUGGACCUGCUGCAGGACCCUGUGAUUCAGAGGAUCGCCUGGAAGUCCAACAGGUCCCCCGCGCAGGUUGUGAUCCGAUUUCAGAUCCAGAGGAAUGUGAUCGUGAUCCCCAAAUCCGUCACCCCAAAACGGAUUCGCGAGAAUAUCCAGGUGUUUGACUUUGAAUUAUCAGAAACGGAUAUGAACGACAUCCUCGUCCUGGACAGGAAUUUCCGAAUGUGCACGUUCCCCACAGCUAAAAACCACAAGGACUAUCCUUUCAACGUAGAAUACUGAGCACGGCCUCCCCCUGCCUCCGGGCCCCACAGGUGGGCGGGGUCCACCCCCCAGCAGGGCUCUGCCCCGGAGGGGAGGGACGGGCUUUGGUCUGGGGGGAGUCCUGCCCGGAGCAGAGCGGAGCACCCUGCAAAGUCCUCGAGGUCCCGAUGGCCCCGUGUCGGGACCGGAACCGCCCUGCUCGCUCUCCGUGGGGAACCCCCAGUCCCAAGGCUCCUCUGAGCACGGAUUUUGACAAGACUCGCUGUGUGGCCUCUGCUCUCAGGGAAAAGGAGGUAUUAUGGAAAGAGUUAAAUGCAGGAGUUCAGACCAUAGCACAGCGGGUCUCGGCACCUGCCGCGCAGCCCCACUGGAGCCCCGGGCUCCUCUGUUCCCUCCACCCCCCCAGACGGUUUUGCAUCCUUCCGGUCACGGGAACCCCAACCUGUGUCGUGGCCCUCCAGCGCUCGGCGUCCGUCCACACGGGCUCGCUCAGGGCCACGUGUGACUCGUACCCCGCUGCUCCCCAGAUGGCACUUGAGCACCACGCUUGGGGCCUUUGUUUUAAAAAGCUGCUACAGAUUAUUAUGUUCGAUGAGAAAGACUCACUUUUCAUGAAUCGAUUGCAGGAUGUUUCCCUGUUUGUGUGAGGUGUGAGAUAAGUCCCGCACCCCGGGCUAAUAUGGGCUAGUAGUGCUUUUAACUAAUAUUGACAGAAUUUUGAUAUUUAGUGAAGUAAUUCUACCGGAUUCAGAAUGUAAAGAAAACGGAGAAAAUGUCAAUUAUAAAACAUAAAAGUGGCCUGAAAUAGCAA